AUGGUGCGAUCGGUGCUGUUCGUGUGCCUCGGCAACGUGAACCGCUCCCCCACCGCGGAGUACAUCCUCCGCAGCAAACUCCAACUCCAAACCCUAAACCCUAAACCCUUUAAAGUGGCUUCAGCAGCAACUGGGGGGCACACAGAGGGGGACCCCGCCAUGGGCGAGAUGAUCCGCGCGGCGCGCAAGAGGGGGGUCGACUUGAGCCCCCACAGGGCCCGCCAAGAGUUUGACUUGGUUGUGGCCAUGGACAAGUCCAACCUCCGCAACCUCGCAGCUCUUUGCCCCCCAGACAAAAGACACAAACUGAAGCUGCUGAUUCGCGACUACGCGCCGGAGUGCGGCACCGAAGAAGUCCCGGACCCGUACUACGAGGGGGGGCAUUUGAACGUUUUUGAUUUGAUUGAAAAGGGAGUGGAAGGACUCAUCAAAAAAGAAGAAAUAGUUGUCAACUAA